GCCCCCUGGGCGGCUCGGGGUGGAGGGUUCUAGAAGGCGUGACGUGGGGUCGGAGCGGGCUCGGAGGCGGGCGCCUCUCGGCAGUCGCCGUGGCCGCAGCUGCCGGGCCUGGGGACGCGGGUGGCGGGGGCCGCGGACGAAGCCUCCUUGUGUCGCCGGCCAUGGCCGCGCUCGGCCGGCCUUUCAGCGGCCUGCCCCUGAGCGGCGCCUCGGAGUUCCUGCAGCCGCCGCCGGCCUUCCCCGGCCGGGCCUUCCCGCCGGGAGCUGAGGGCGCCGAGCUGGUCCCGCGGCCGGGACCCCGCGUCGCCCCGAGCAGCCCUUGCGGGAGCGCGGCGCGCGGACGUGUCUCGGUUCAUUGUAAAAAGAAGCACAAGCGGGAGGAGGAGGAAGAGGAGGAGGAUUGUCCAGUAAGGAAAAAAAGGCUAACUGAAGCAGAGCUCUGUGCUGGUCCUAAUGACUGGAUUCUUUGUGCACAGCAGAAUGUGGAGGGUCCUGGAGUCAGGCCGUGCCCUAGUGACCUUUCCGUCCCUGGCAUGUUAGAUGUCGUUUGUGAAGAAAUGGAUCAGACAACUGGAGAAGCCCAGUGUGAAGCUGCCCGAAGGAGGCUUCAGGAGAUUGAGGACAGGAUAAUUGAUGAAGAUGAAGAAGUUGAAGCUGACAGAAAUGUUAACCACCUCCCCAGUCUUGUCCUUUCUGAUACCAUGAAAACAGGUUUGAAGAGGGAAUUUGAUGAAGUCUUUACAAAGAAGAUGAUUGAGUCCAUGAGCCGCCCUUCCAUGGAGCUUGUACUCUGGAAACCUCUCCCUGAACUCCUUUCUGAUAAGCCAAAGCCAUCAUCUAAUGCUAAGAACUACGCAGGAGAGAGCCAAACAAAGCAUGCAGCUGCUGGCACUGCCUUCCCUGGGAGAACUGAACUGUUCUUGGAACCCCGGCAAGCAGAGAUGCCUCUUUACAAUAGUUUGGAGACAGCUGCUAAUACGGAAGAAGAAAUGGAACUCUAGAAACCGAGUUCUACAUGAACGUCAAAUGUUAGAAGGCUCUGUGUUCAUCUGGAGCCUACUUGCCUAUCUAGGGACUCGAAAAUUUUAUGAAACGGGUGUCAUAAUACCUCCACCUGUGAUUUGGGGUGGGACUCUCAUUUUGGGUAACCAUUUAUAGAAUUCAACUUUUUGCCAAGGAAGCUUGUCUUAAGAGAAAAGCAGUUUUCUAGGGGGCUUUUUAAAGGAAUGUUAGAUUUUAGUCUUUUCAAAGGCAAAUAUAGAAGCUGUUUGUGUAAGGGUGACUUUAGUUAUCUGUCACUUUGUCUAAAGAUACUUGAAGAUUAUUGUCCUUGAGUUGAAAAAGAUGGUUAAGAAAGAUGCUCUUACUAAAACUGUACCCUGACAGUUGAGUCGCGAUUUAGUCUGCACAUAUGAGCUGUUUAUAGUGGUGACUGUAUAUGAUUACAGAGAAGGUGGGAAGACAGCAGGGGCUUAAACCUCUUGCUGAGCCCAUGAAACUUGUAUGUUAGUUGUCAGUCCAGUAUAGCUGUAUUAAUUAAAUAGCCAGUAGCAUUAUGAUCUCCUCUUUGCCUCUGAAAAUGCAAUGAAAACAUGAAGGUAUUUUUCCUUCAAGGCUUUUUUUGCUGUGUGCUACUGUUGCUCCUUGGUUUCCCUUGCAUAAUUGACUAAGCCCAAUUAUUCCAUAAUGUUUACAACUUAAUUAACUUUGAGGGAUAGUUUAGUUUAAAAUAUUGUGAGGUAAUCCAUCUGCAGAUCGCCUAGGAGAGAUGCAUCCUUUAGUUAAACCUAAGGAAGUGCAGUGUCAGCCAAGCUAGCAAUUGAGAAUUUCUGUAGUUUAACAAAUAUUUUACUUGUGUGAGCAAGUAGAGUUUUUAAAUGUUAAUUUUGAAAACAAUAUUAACUGAGAAUGUAUGGGCAAGUGACAUUGAGAUUUACUGGAAUAGCCAACUUGUCUGGUGCUUAAACUUAAUAGUUCUUCUAAAAGUUAGGAGCGAAUAGCUUCCUGCUAGCAGAAACCCUCAUCUGCAUGAGUGCUUAAAUCAGACUCCAGGUGUCUUUUGAGGAUAACCAGGAUUGAAGUUUUUAAUUCUCAGGAAGAGCUCGUCCACGUGGCAAGGACUCACAGUGCAAAUAAAAACGAGAGCUUCUUUAUUGCUAUGGAAUAUCCACUAUAAGCUAUUGAUUUAAUGUCAUAGUGUAGUACUGGCCCUUUUAUCACACAACAGGCAACUACCCCAGUUCUCUUUGUUUUCUGGGUUUCUUCCUGCUUUGUAAGAAUCAGAUACCUUUUGUAGAAAAACAUGGUUUACACCAAGUAGGAACCAGCUUCCAGGCAUUUUUGAAACCCAUGCUGAACUCCCGCCUCUCAUUACAGAUGGCGUAGAAGUCUCAAGUCUGUUCUUUGGACUGUUUCUUCUUUUGCCUGCUGUUCUUCUUUCUCUAUUUCUGUCUGAAUAGUCAGGAAAAGAUUUAAUGUUUAAUAUUUAAACAAUAUUUAAUGUCUAUACAGUAAAAUUAUUCAAACUUCAAAACAGUAUUGAACCAGUUGGAAACCAGCUAAUAGUUUCUUAAUCUCAGACUUAGAGAUGAAUGUAAACUGUAUUCUUUUGAAAUGUGCAAGUGUUUGAUUCAUGCCAUUUGAAAAACUCCUGCCUUGAUGUCAUUGUUUAAUGGGACCAACUUGUAAAGUUUGUAGCCUUAAAGAAAUCAUACUGAAAGUUUGAUCUGAUACAACCCAAAAACGUGAAGGGACUGAGUUGGAGUUAGUCCUAGUGUUAGGGUGGAAAGGGAGUUGAAAGCUUUCCAAAGAGCAGAGCCGGAACACACCAAGAUGUCUUCUGCAGGAACUGCUGGGCUGACCUCUGGUCAGAAAUGUCAGUGGUGAGGAUGACGGGAGAGGAGCCUCCUAACAAGGCUCGAUGCAAAUGAGCAAAUAUAGGAGACAGUGAGGAUUCUGUUCAUUAGACUCUGGACAGAACUGGUUUAGGAGUCAAGCUAUCUAAAAUAAUUAUUUCUGCAGGAAAAUGGAUGUUUGAUGCUCCUUUCUAAACUUAACCUUGCAAAUGUUUGUACAAAACCUGUCUUCUUCCUUGUGGUGCUUACUCAUCUGAGCCGUCUCCACAGUCCUAAGGCCUCUGCAUUAUAUUUUAUUUUUUUCUUUUCUAGCAAAAGGCUUUUGCUUUUGCCUUAAGGUUUCCCUGGGGAAUUAACAGGUCUUUUCAUUUUGUACAGCUUUGGCAGCAUGGAUCAAACAUUGGCUUAACUAUGCUAAUGUGUGAAGAGAAAAAAAUUACCUAAAGCAGGUGAGCUUUAAAGUACCAAUGUAUAUUUUCUCUGAGUUUGAGUAGGGUGUGUAUGGAGUGGGUCUUAAUAUGAAGAAAGUAAGUCCAAUUCUCACAUAUUAAUCAGUUUUUUUAAACCUACUUUUUCUUGAAAAGGUACAAAUGUAUAAUUUAGAAAAAUAACUAGAGUAGGAACUAGGACCAUGAAAAGAAUGUUUACCAGCAGGUUCAUUUGUUACUUUGGAUCUAGAACUUGGUCUUAUUUUUUGAUAGUGACAAGAAUGGUGCAGUACUAGCAAAGUUCUGGAAGAUGCUGUCAGUUUUACUUUGAGAAUUUGGUGUUUCUGUAUUUUGUUUUCAAUAAAAUUUCUUAAGUGUUUUGGA